AGGUCGCGUCAACAUUGUUUUUUUAGUAACGUGCUAUGUAUCUCUAGAGAGCAUGUUUUAUCUCUAAGCCAAUUUGACAUUAGAAAAACAUCUUACAAUCUAGUGCACAGCCUAUAAAGCCAGGAAUGCCAAGAGGCAAGCUACAAUAGAUAACAUGUCUGUGCAUAAAUCCAUAUUCAGACAUGGUCAUAACCUAAUCAUGGGCAGUUUACCGAGCAGAUACAGACAUCGAUUUGCUACUAACAGCCAGGAGCAUCUAGUAUUGUCAGAUGAAGCUGCAGAAAAUGACAUGUACACAGCAGUGGCUUUAUGCAACAUUCCACCAGACAGGAAUUCUGAAGAUACAAUAUAUAUUGGAGAGAGACUAAAUAUUAUAUCAGAAGAAGGUGACAUGUUGAGGGUUAGCUCCACAUCAACUGGCAUUGAGAGUUUUGUUCUUCGCAACUGUGUUUCCAAAGUGUAUAAUCGAUGGCUGUUUGAAGGGAUCACCAGGAGAAAUGCGGAAGAGCUUCUAAUGUUGCCCCAAAACCACACAGGAUCUUUUUUAAUUCGGAAAAGUCAGACGUGUCCGGGUUCCUACUCACUUUCAAUUCGACAAAAUGGUGGUCAUAGAUGCAACAUAAAGCACUACAGAAUCCUACAGCUCCACAAUGGCUGGUUCUGCAUCCAUCCAACCCAUCCCUUCUCCACACUAAACCAGCUGGUAGACUAUUAUUCACGUACUGCUAAUGGUAUAUUAUGCCGGCUGACUGAACCUUGCUUAUUUAGUGACAUGAACACAACUCCAGAGGCUAUAUCUUCACCUAUAGUAAUCCAGAGGCCUAAUCUUAACUGGAGAGAAGUCACUAGGUCAAUGAUCCAAAGGCAACCAAAGAGGACACAUGAGGAGAGUCUGGUCAGCGAAGGACUGCGAGAGACUGUUAAUGCAUAUAUUUAUUUCACAGAGGAAUCAUGCUCUGAGGACUGAAUGAUCUCAAACAAAGACCAGGCUUGUAAGACACAGAAGAAGAUAAGUAGCCUAAUAGACCUUAUGGGUUUAUUUAAUUCUUAGUCAUCCUCCAAGAGGAUCAUAGUGUUUUGUCCCAUGUUACAAGAACACCAAACUGUCAUUAAUUAAUAAACUAUUUGUUAAGGCAGGUGAGACAAAGCAAAGUAUCGUUUUACAUACUUUGUUUUAUUAGUUCUGUUUACCUGUUAUAUAGACCGUUUCAGCAGACAUGUGCGCGCCUGACCCCCAGUUAACUUCCGGUUUGUGUUUGGCUAGUGUCUAAUAAUAUAACUAUUUAUAUUUAAUUCAAUUUAUGUUAAUAUUAAUUAAUAUUAUUAUUUUAUUGUAUUAAAUAAACGAUUUGUUGAAUUUUGUUGUAUAUUAAUUUUAUUAAAUAAACAAUUUGUUGAAUGAGUCCUGCAGUUCGGUCGCAUUUAAACAAACCGUAUGGUACAUUGACAUCUAGCGGUCGAGAUUGGUAUCGCAGUCUAAAUAAAAAAUAAUGGAGAGACGGGAUUAGCCAAGUAACGGGUCUUCUCGGUUUCUUUUGAUUUUUAUCCGAAAUAAUCUACAGGCACUCUAUUGUUUGUGAAUGUGUACCGGAAGUUAAGGGGGUCACAAAAGUGCGUAGACGCAGUAACGUUUGUUUAUGUUAUAAUUCGGAAUAUUACUUGUUACAAGGUGAAUGUAACCAGUGUUGUUACCAAUAUUACCAUUCA